UUUUAUUUAGGGGUGGGGCCCGUCACCCCUAGCUACGCCUCCGGUCGGGAGUUGCCAGUUUGUGCAAUGUUGUCAACAGCGUUUGCUGGGAAAUUAAAAAGUUAGGCACCAGCAGAUCCCAACCUUGCUUUAAAUCCAACUAUUAUUGUUAUAAUAAAUAGUUGAUUUUUUAUUUAGAGUAAAUUACACUAACAGUCACUUAAUUUUGAAGUAGUUAAUAAAACAAUCACUUUAAUUUUAUUUCAGUCACUCAAAUUUUAAAAAAUGAUAAAAUAAUCUUUUUUACCGUUUUUCAUUACACACGUAACGGUAAAGUAACGUGACAGAUCGGUUAGCAACAAUUUAGGGUUUAUAUAAUAGUAUAAUAAGAAGAAAAAGAAGAAGAAGAGAAAAAAUAGAGAUGCUUGGAGAUAAAACAGAUGAAAAAAGAAGAGAAAAAAUGGAGAUGCUUGGAGAUAAAACAGAUGAAAAACAUGUUCCCUCCUCUCCCUAUCAUCGAGCUGACGAUCAUACAGUCGAAGACGGACCGCCAAGUCCUGUAUCGGUUCUUGAACAGUUCUUUGUCGAAGAGAGCGUUAACUCUCCUAGCACUGUAUCUCUAGCAGCUGAACCACCGGUCGAACCAUUUUGUAUAGAUAUCAAAGAACACAAUGCAACUUCGCUAUUGGAAUCCCAGUUGGAUCUGAAGAGUACUGCAGGUACUUCCAAGGAUAAGUAAGGAUCUUUGUCUGAAAGCAUAAGAGCAGUUCUCCAAGUUUCUGGUCUCAAUUGGGGUUAGCUCUCUAGGAGAUGGCUUUUGUUAGACCAAAUGCCUGAUGCAUCCUUGUUCAAUAAUGUUGAAGUAUGGCUUGAGAAGUCCUAUACCGAUCGUAGGCUACUUUUUGGCUAUAUCAGUGAAGUCAUUUUGGAGAUAUAUCAAUGUUAUUUUGGAUGCUCCCCAUGGAUUUCGCUUCUCUAUCCACGACUUCAACCGGCUAUGUUAUCAAAAAAUCUGGUUCAUGAAGUGUUGAGACAUGUCGAUUGGCAACUCCUUUUGGAGUUGCCCCAACAGACAUCACAACAACUUGUAGAAAAGGAUUGGCAGAAAUUUGGAAUAUGGAUGGAUAACCGACUCGAUAUGGAGGAAGUUUUCACAGAGUUAAUUGACAGCAUUUUAGAGGAUUUGGUAAUUGAUGCUGCUAUUCAACUGCAAACGUAAAAGAAGAGCAAAGACAUGGAGUUUCAAUGGUAAAAAAUCAAACCCCGCCAAUUUAGGUAAAUAAGACUUUUCUUUCUACAGUCUCUUCUUCUUGUCUAUUAAAGGGGUUUUUUUAGUGUUUUUUUUCAAUUUCUUCAUCCAACGUGGCAAGUUAACUGGCCACAUCAGCUAGUUAACUUGCCACAUCAGCAGUUCUGUUAAAAUACAAACAGAAACUGUUAGUCAGUAACUAUUUUGUCACUUUUUUAUAACGUUAGCAACUGUUUUAUUAUUUUUCAAAAGUUAAGUGACUGAAAUAAAAUUUAUGUGACUAUUUUGUUAAUUUACCAUUUUAUUUAAAAAAAAAGCUAAAUCUUAUGGUGCAAAUUAGCCCAUUAACAUUUUCACUGCAGAUAAGACAAAGCAUGUAUUUAAUAAAAACAUCUAUGUUUUAAUAUCUAAGGUGGGGGACAGAAGCAUAGAUAAAAGCUAGAAUAACUUGCUCUUGGCCAAUGUACUGUAUUUUUCUAUAAUUUUAAAACAUCAUAAUAGAACCAAAAUGGUAAGAUGAGUUUCAGAUGACAUGGUACAGCUCAGAUACAAGGAAAAGUUGGAGUCAAGGAACAAAUGUAAGUACAAACAUCUGAAUGGAUCCUAUUUCACUAAACAUCCUUCUUCUGCACCGUCUCGUUAUGUAUGAACUCGCCGAUAAACGAAUAAUCAUUUGGCUUUCGCAGUAAUCAUCUUGCUAAAUUGUACUGCAUACUUCAGCAGCUAAGAUCACUCAAAACAUGUAUAGGACAUAAUAUUUACUGUCUG